GUACCUUGGUUUAUCAGAUAAAACAUAACAAUAGAGUGGAGAGUAAAAUCUUCACUCUCCUUGUCCUUGUCCUUGACCCCAAAGACGGGAAUUUCUUCACAAACUCCACUCUGAAUAUGUGGCAUAAAUAAACUUUGUGCUUCUCGGCAAUGAUGUGUUGCGGCUGACCCUUCUUUUCCCUUCAACAUUCCUACCCUGUCCUCUUGGCCGCCUGCCCCUCAUUCUCGGGUAUCGGCUAGCCCCACCAUCUAUCUGAUUUCCAACACUUCUGGCGGCGCAUCAUCAGCUCACCCGAGUUUACCGACGGGUAUCUUCCAAUCUCACCAUGGCGGACCAAGCCGGCAUUGGUCAUGGUGAUGAUAGCCAGUGGAAUGGUGUUGAGGAUACCAUCGACGAUCCAGAGGAGAUCCGAGUCAUCUUCUCUGCUCUUGACUCCUGUAGCCAAUAUGCCAAGAAUGCGCACCUCAACUGUACCCAUUUGCGGCGGCAGUCAUUCUAUGCCCUCCCUAAAGCUCACUGGGAGAUGCUGGCUCAGCCUCCGUUCUCGUAUUUGAAGACGCUGGACCGUGUGGACGAUGCCAUAGACAGCAAUGCCGAACUCGCACGCAUCAUCUGCAAAUUCGGACUCCGUUCAUUCGGCAUGCAACAAUCCAAUGCAGAGGGGCUUGCUUUAAUGCCUGAUGAGUGGGCUGGCAUUGCCAAACACCAGGACUCAGAAAAGGCCCGGAGCACCAUCCGACAAUUCUACCGUGACUGGUCUGCUGAAGGUUCUGUUGAGCGCGAGGCUUCCAAUGGACCUGUUUUCCGUGCACUCGACGCUGAGAAGGCUCGAUAUCCAAACCGCUCACCAAUGAAUGUCCUGGUUCCAGGGGCUGGGCUGGGACGCCUAGUGUUUGACUUAUGCCAGAAAGGAUAUCACAGCGAGGGCAAUGAGAUUUCCUACCACCAGCUCCUGGGUUCUUCGUACAUCCUCAACUCGGUUGAGGUUGCCGGUCAGCACACUAUCUACCCCUGGAUCCACUCUUUCUCCAACCACAGAAAUCGAGAAAACCAGUUCAAGAGCUACAGAGUGCCGGAUAUCCACCCUCAGACUGAACUUGCCCAGACGGAGGGGAUUGGUGCGAUGCAGAUGUGCGCGGCUGACUUUCUGUGUCUUUACGGAGACGAUGCCCACAAAGAUAUGUACGACGCUGUGGCUGCAGUCUUCUUCCUCGAUACGGCACCGAACUUGAUACGAUAUCUCGAAGUAAUUCGUCAUUGUCUCAAGCCAGGUGGUGUCCUCAUCAACGUCGGCCCUUUGCUGUGGCACUUUGAGAACAACGUUCCUGGCCACCACGGUUAUGAUGGGGAAGGCGAUUAUGACGAGAACCACUCUUUGGGGAUCGCAGAUCCUGGCAGCUUCGAACUGACAGACGACGAGGUAAUGCAGCUGGUGGAGCGCAUAGGUCUUGUAGUUGAGAAGCGCGAGACAAAUUUGCGCGCACCUUACGUGCAAGACAGUCAGAGCAUGCUUCAGAGUGUGUAUAGUGCGAGUCACUGGGUGGCACGGAAACCCAAAAUCCAGGCUUAGGGAUGGGUAUUUGAUGCGAAUGGCUAGGAACGGGAAGAUACAAAGGUGUUGUAUAUCAACAUCUCGGCAUCGCACGCAUACUAGUAUGCAGGUAUUCGUCACGAAUUAGACUACACGUCUAGCAUUUCCGGGGGUCAUACAAAAUUUAGAGACAAGAAGGCAAAU